UCAACAGGAAAACCUAUUCUGGUACCACUUACAAGUUCUGUAUCCUUUGAUCCGCGCAUAACUGUUCUUUCGCUAUCCAAAUCUUAUCUUCAACGACAGUUCUUUUCUCAGUUUCAUUAAAGAGGUAGAGAUGUUGACCGAUCUCAGGUUUUUAAAGUGAACACUACCUUGAACCUUUCAGAAAUCUAAUUCCAAUUCCAAUACCACGUGUGAUCACUCACAUAGGGCUGUUCAUGCUAAUGCUUUGAUUUAUUUCCAAAAUCUGAUCUCCUUUGCAUAUUUUUCGCCUGUCUUUGUAUGUUAGUUACAAAUUAGCCAAAAAUAAUUGUGUCAUAGCAUGGUGACUACUGUUACUAGAUGAAUUUAAUUAAUCCAAUGAUCAAAGAAUUGUUCAAUAAAAAAAUUGUGCUUGGGUGGGACAUAUGAAGGCAGGUUUUUCCAGAUUUUGUCUAGAUUUUGUCCAAGAGGGCAAGAAUUGUAAUAAAUUAAUCUUCUUAAGUUCAAAUGCUGGGGUUGUUUAGGAAGAAUGUUUAAACUUCAAUUUGAUCGAUGUAUAAGGAGAAGUCAUUAGUUAUUAAUCCCUUCUUGGAGUGAAAGGACUUACAACAGUUAACAACAAGGUAGUAUGGAUCUAGUUAGUCAUUUGACUCCAUGUGGACUCUUUCCAUUAAUUAAUCGCAAUCUGUAAGGUGACUUCACCAGAACAGACUAGUGUGGUCCUGUUAAAAUGCAAGGCCUUAUAAAUCCAUCUGCCUUUAUAGAUCAGAACCAUUUGAAACCAGUACUAAGUAAGGAAUCCAAUCUAAUCUAUAAACUUAGACUUAAAGUUGCAGACUUGUUAAGUCAAUUUAUCCUUAAGUCACUUCAGAUGUAUGUUCCUGGGACUCUUGAAAACACAACAUCAGUUUUAGUAAACAUUGGAACUGGUUAUUUUGUAGAAAAGGUACGUAUAAGAAAGUUGUUUUUCCCUUUAGAUGCUAUAAACCACUGGAAAGUCUCCAUUCUUUUUUGACUUGUUCAUUUUAAUGCUGCUUACAAACUUCCCCUUGCAUUUUUUUCAAACACAGUCUUGACAGAUUUUAGUGCAAUAUUCUUUGAGCUAAAAUUGUUUUCUUUUUCCCAAAAGAAUAGAAAUUCAAAGUUUAAAGGUUUCUUAGCUUUUACCUUAAGUAUGAGUUAUUUAUUUCUCUGUUUUAUUUUCUUAUGUUACAUUUAGGGAUUAAAGGAAGCCGAGGAAUAUUUUGGAAGAAAAGUGGAUCUGGUGACUAAACAGUUGGAACUACUGCAACCUAAAUUAAUAGAAAAACAUAAAUUAAGACAAGGUAGUCCUCAAUGAUGCUUUCUUCUUAUUUUCUUCAUUGUAGGAAUGAUUAUUGUAUCUUCAACAUUUUGAUAUUGUACAUUAUGGUUUGUUUCAAAUAUCUGUAUUUAGAGAUUCCUUGACCUUUUAAAUGAGAUUUAUUUCAUUGAUCUGUGUUUAUACCUUUCUUAACCAUCCACAAGUUGUGUUGUCAUCUUUUACUGUUGAUAUACAACGUCUACAAAUAGAUUGUUAUAUCUAAAACCUGAUUUUUCACACUUAUAUAGUUAUUUACAAGAAGAUUGUUUCUUUCUUGGCAGCUGUUCAGGAUAUGCUCAGUGCAAAAGUUCAAGCUCAAGUCCAAGCACAGUUAGGAGCCAUUCCAGCAAAGACUUAG